AGUAUGGGGCACUGAAUUAUAAUUAAUACGCAAACUUCUCAAGAUGCCUCCAUAUUGACUGAUACAAUAGUUUGUUGAUUACCCACUGCUCUUCUUUUCAUUAUUAUUUGUCCUUUGGGUUCCUGGUGGAACAUAGGGCUUCAGUAGCACGUCGGCAUUUCACUCUGUCCUCUACAGUCUUUUAAAGCUAACUCCACGGCUACCCAGAAGCUUUCAUUUCUUCCUCACACUGCUUAUUCGCAUAAUAUGAGCACAUGCAGAAUGUUUCAGUGUCAUACCCCAGUAAUCAGCUAAUUCAUACUACUAAUGAUUUGUAAGUAUGGUAUCAGGUGUUUUGGAGUGAUUUCAGGUUUCGCAAUGGUUUUAUACACAGAAAAAAUUAGUAUCAGGUCGGCAGGUCAUCUCACUGUUAAUUUAUCACAAACAGUCUAUUUCACAUAUAGCACAGAAAGAUGUACAUGAUGGAUAACAGUUGCAAAUCGUUUUCAAUUCUUUCCAGCCAGGGGUAUUUUUAACGCCCUAAAACAGAAAGCUACCUUAGCGAACUUAUUCAGAAAACCAGACUACAACUAUAUACUUUUUGGAAGUUUCGUUAUCAAAACUACGCUAAACUGGAAAUACUAGUAAAUGGGACCUCCAACUGAUUCAGUCACAUACAGUCCAUCGGCCGCGCAGCAUAAUCUUGCCAUAGUCAACUACUGUCGUACAUCCAUCGCAGCACUUUCUGGAUGCACCGCUGGAAUAUUAGGUCUAACAGGACUUAUGGGGUUUAUGUUUUAUUUCAUGGCAAAUGGCUUUCUAUCGUUGCUAUUACUACAGAAGACUGGAAAGUCUUGGAAUAAAUAUUUCAUUCAACAGUCAUGUUUGACAUAUGGAGGGAUAUUUGGAGAACUAACCACCUAUAUUUUAUUUUGGACAUUUAUCUAUGGCAUGGUCCAUGUUUAUUGA